AUGUACUGGAGGCCAGCUGCGGAUAAAAUGUUACGAUUCUUGACUACAAUCUCAAUUUAUUCAUUGAUCGUCACCUCUGGAGCUUCGGCAAUUGGAGUUUGGAAAGCAAUUUCAAAUUUUGCAUCCGAUUUCUAUCAGGAAUCAGCCAAGUCGACAACUGGAAAUGUGAUCAUUUCGCCAUUUUUGGUGGCCAAUUCACUGGCUCUUCUUCUGCAAGCUGCAAACGGAAAUACUUUUGACCAAAUCAGAAAUGGACUGCACUUGAGCGGUGACAAAACAGCGAUAGCAAAUCAAUUUCUUGAACAUUAUGGAAUGUUGCAACGAGGCAUUGGAAGUGCAAGUUUAUCGAUUGCCAAUCAAAUUUACGUGCAGCAAGGUAAUGAACUAAAUAAAACCCUGCAAGAGGUGGCCGUUCAAAAGUUCCAAUCGGCAAUUGAAUCGGUAGAUUUCGCGAAAAGAGAUGACACAGCUCAAGCAAUUAAUCAUUUCGUCGAGGAGAAAACGCAAGGAAAAAUCAAAGAACUGAUCCAACCGAAUAUGCUGACAUCUGAUUCUGGUAUCAUUCUAUUAAAUGCCAUUUACUUCAAGGGCGACUGGGAACGCAAAUUCAACGAAAAAUUCCUCACCAAGCAAAAUUUUCAUAACAGUGAAACGGAAACGGUUUCAGUUGAUUUUAUGCACAUCGAAGAUGAAUUCAAUUUCGCGUUGUUGGAUGAUUUAGACGCGGCUGCACUUGAAAUGAAAAUACGGCUAGAAACGAAGUUGAAACAUCAUAGUUUAGCAUCGAUCAUUCAUAAAAUGCGAUUAGAGGAAGUUGAGGUCGAUAUUCCAAAAUUUAAAUUCGAGUUUGAAAUUAAACUCAAUGAUGUUUUGAAACAUCUGGGAAUAGGCGAAAUGUUCACACCAAAAACCGAUCUGAGUGGCUUUUUUGAAACUGGCGAAUCGUUGCAAGUGUCUGAUGUUUUGCAUAUGGCAUUCAUCGAAGUUAACGAAGGUGGAUGUGAAGCAGCCGGUGUGACAAGUUACAAAGUUGUUACUCGCAAUAAUCCAGUCAAGUUCCGCGCGAAUCGACCAUUCUUAUAUUUCAUUUGGGAUAACAAUAGUAAAACCACUGUUUUUAGUGGUCGCAUUACAGCGCUCAAUUAAUUAUUUGAAUGUUUGUGUUGGUCUUUCAAUAGAAAAUAUAAAAUACCAUUCAAAAAAGAACAGAAAAUUGUAUCAAAAUGAUAUUGAAUAAAUCUGAAGAAAAAUAAAUAUUCUUUGCUUUUUUGUAGCAUCCCGUGUGGAAAAUUUUUCGUUGAUUAAUUUGGGACAUUUUGACUGACUAGAAGUGAUUGUCUCGAACUAAAUAAACAACUGUAGUUAACUUUAUACACUUUCACACAAAUGUUCAAAUGUUUUAAUC